AUGUCAAUUUAAGUCUUUGAUGACUAGUAAAUUAAGAAAAUUCAAGAUAAGAAGUCUAAUUAGCUAACCAAAGCACAGAAAAAGGAGAGAGCUCGCUAAAAAUGUCUAGAAUAUAAACUUCUAAAGAAAUCUCAAGAUGGUCCUGCAAAGGGUUAGAAGCAGAAAAAAUUGCAAAAUUUUAUCAAUAAUCUUGGAGAAGGAUUGACCUAUGAGUAGACAACUGAAUAAAUAAAAAUGAGAAAACAAAAGCAUAAAGAUGGUGCAAAGAAUUUGAUAGAAGCUUGCCAGAAUGAUUAAAAUGGGAAGAUAAUAAUUGAUUUGGCAUAUUGUGAUCUUAUGAGUAUAAUUGAGAAAAGGAGUUUGAGUUCACAGAUAAAUCUAAGUGUGUUUGAGCUUAGAAAAUAUCAAUAGCCUUUCAGCUUUCAUGUAGUUGGAAUGGAUGAUGAAACAACUUUUGAAUAAAUCAAAUAAAGAGGUGGUGAGUCUUGGGGAACAGUUUUUCACAAAACCUCAUUAAGGGAGAGUUUCACUGACAGAAACCUCCUUACUGCAAUAGAAUAAUCUUAAUAACUGAAUGAGAAUAAAUAUUCAAUUGAUUGGGAUAAUACAAUAUACCUUAGCCCUGAUGCAUCAGAGCCUCUUUUAGAUUUUAAUGAAUAAACUAAUUUCAUCAUCGGAGGACUUAUUGAUAGGACUUUAGGAAAUGAUAAUAAAAAAAGCCCUGAGUAUUAAUCAAGUGAUUUAGAUACUUAUGAUCUACAAAGAAACUUAAAAUUGGGAGAAGGCUUUAAAUGA